UCUAACGUGGAGUUGGAUUGUUGUGUCUCUACGUAGAGACUACGUAUAAAGUUUGCCGGGAAUACUCGGCCGGUGAACGGCAUCCGCGCUGGGGGUCUCGUCGUCGACGCGCCGGUAACUCGUUCGAAACCGCGAUGUGCCAAAUAGUAACGGGUUAAAAGUUAGUGAUAACUCGGUUUGUACGUUGUGAACUAGCCAUGGCGAUCUCUGUUGGUGUUCUGUUUCUGUGCGUAUACUGUGUCAGCAGUUUCAACCUGGAGCCGCGGAUUCCUGUGAUAAAAUUCGGCGAGCCGGGCUCGUAUUUUGGAUUUUCCGUAGCUGAACAUCUCACUAUCAGCAGCAGCGAAAAAACCAGUUGGUUACUAGUUGGAGCCCCGUUGGGACAAAACUUACAACCGAACACGACGAAGUCAGGAGCAUUAUGGAAAUGCCGCUUGACUGCCUCCCCUCGAGACUGUGAGCAAAUAGUUACCGACGGCAAAACGACGAAGUACGGCAAGAUAAACACGACUCUGGACUCGUCUACCCUCACGGGGCCGCAGUCGAACGAAAUCAAGAAUGGUCAAUGGCUCGGCGUCUCCGUUCGGAGCCAAGGAGUUGGGAGGAAAGCCGUGGUUUGCGCUCACAGAUACAUUCGCAAAUCCGGAGAGUCGCAAUUUGGUCAAGGGCUGUGCUACACGCUCAGCAACGAUCUCCAGCUGAUCGACGUGUGGGAGCCGUGUCGCGGCCGAUCUGUUCAAAGAGAGCACGAAGAAUUUGGAUACUGCCAAGUUGGGACCAGUAGUUCUUUACUAAACGAUGACACGUUAUUGCUGGGGAGUCCCGGGCCGUUCACGUGGAGAGGAACAAUUUUCACUCAAGACGUCAAAGAUGACCUACUCGAUAGGGAUCACGUUGUGUACAUGGCUCCUGUGGAAGACGGCGCUAGUCCAGUUGAAAAGUACAGUUAUUUAGGUAUGUCAGUAUCCGGAGCCAGCUUUUUUGGUUCACAUCCGUCGUACGCAGCGGGUGCACCUAGAGCACGCGGGACAGGUCAAGUCGUUUUGUUCAGCAAAAACGUAAUCAAAGAUUGGGGUGAUUAUGUGGACCUGCUCAACUUCACACUCAUCCUCUCUGGGGAACAGUUUGGUUCGAGCUUCGGAUAUGAAGUAGCGUCAGCUGAUGUCAAUGGAGAUGGAUUACCGGAUUUAUUAGUCGGUGCACCAUUCUACUUCUCAAAAGAUGCCGGUGGAGCUGUUUAUUUAUAUCUCAACAAGAAUCAUAAUCUACCAACUGAAUUCACAUUAAGAUUGACUGGGAAGCCCGAGUCUCAGUUUGGAAUUUCCAUCGCUAAUGCGGGCGAUCUAAAUAAAGAUGGCUGUGAAGAUAUUGCUAUCGGCAGUCCGUACGAAGGAAACGGAGUAGUUUAUAUACAUAUGGGUGAUAGAAAGAACGGACUAACCAGUAAAGCUAAUCAAGCAAUUAAAGCUGAGGCAUUACCCAUACUUAUGAGAACCUUUGGAUACUCCCUAUCUGGUGGCAUGGAUUUAGAUGAGAACGGUUAUCCUGAUUUACUCGUUGGUGCAUAUGAAAAUAGUAGUGUAGCUCUCAUACGGACGAAGCCAAUCAUUGAUAUCAAGACUUCUAUAAAACCAUCAAAGAAUAUUAUAAAUAUAGACCCAACCAUCAAAGGAUGUCAAAGGAAUCCAAACGCGAACUACACGUGCUUUCACUUUGAAGCUUGCUGCAUCAUAAAAUCCCUAGUCAGAUCUACUCAAAGUAAUGCCCAUGAACUUAACUAUUUGGUAGAAGCUGAAACAUUCCCGGGAGGAAGAAAAUAUUCUAGAGUAUUCUUUGAUUCUGAGAAAACUAAUAUGAUCAACAAAACUAUACAUCUGGAGAAGGAUCAGGAACAUUGUACCGCGCAUAUUGUGUACUUAAAGAAUAAUACGAGAGAUAUACAAACUCCUAUUAAAUUUCAAGUGACAUACAAAAUAGUCCACGUCCAGCCGCAGUAUUCAACCUCGGGAGCAAUACCCAACAUCGACGACUACCCUGUACUUAACGCGACAGCGACAACUGCAUUCAGCGCUAACUUCCUGAACGAUUGUGGACUGGAUGGCGUUUGUGAGAGUGAUCUAAUAGUGGAGCCAGUGCUGCAAUUGCCAAAAACGGAAGACGGGAAGGCGUACGCUCUUACUUUGGGACAGGAAGAAGAAAUAAAAUUAACGAUACACGUCGACAAUAACGGGGAGUCGGCGUAUGAGGCGCAACUGUUUGUCAACCAUCACUCCAGUCUUCAUUACAUUGCUGCUAAUAUUACGGGCAAGCAUAUGAUUUGCACAAGUGUGAAUAAGACAACAGUAUCCUGUCUAUUGGAAAAUCCUUUCAAGAAGCAAACAGAAGGGCCUCUUCCAAUCACAAUGAGAUUUGAUGCGAGGGCGCUAGAAGAUAAUGAACCAUCAGUUGUAUUCACUGUGUGGGCUAACUCCACCUCUAAAGAACUGAAUCCAGGAAAGAAACCAGUUCUGGUAGAAGCAUUAGUCAUCAAGAAUGCAGAGUUGUUAAUAAAAGGAGCUGCAAGGCCAGAGCAAGUGUUUUAUGGAGGCGAAAUAAAGGGAGAAACUGCGAUGACUUACUUUGAUGACAUUGGCACAAGGGUUAUUCAUACAUAUCAGUUAUUUAAUGAGGGACCAUGGCGAGUGUCAUCAGUCCAAGUAGUGAUAUCAUGGCCGCAUCAAGUCGCGUCAGAGAAUGAACAAGGAAAAUGGCUUCUGUAUCCUGAAGAUGUACCAACUGUGGAUGGAGAAGCAGACCAAAGUAACGGGGAAUGUUUCAUAGCUGAAAGCUCCAUUAAUCCAUUAAAAUUAACAACUAGACCUGGAACCUCCGAACCUCUUCUUGACAACUUGGAACUGGAUCCAUUUUUGAGCUAUGGCAAAUUGAGUGCCAGCUCCAGAGAAAAAGAACAAAAUACUACGUAUAAGAAAGUUGUUGAAUAUUCGACUUCGACCGAAAACAAAAUUCGAAGGAAACGAGAAAACGAUAUCGUCAAAGCUGAAGCUUACACUGAUAAGGAUGGGCAACGAAAACAUGUAGUAAACAUGAACUGUCGUAAGAAGACUGCCAAAUGCAUUCAGUUCCAAUGCGUGAUCUACCGCCUGGGCAGGAUGCAGGCGACCACCAUCACGAUACGAGCCCGCCUCUGGAACUCUACGCUGGUGGAGGACUACCCACGUGUUAGUCACGUGAACAUCGCCUCCUCCGCGUCUAUUUACGUCCCCGAACAUUACAACAUCCAUCAAAACAAGCACCACGAUGAUACGGCAACGGUGGAGACAGUUGCGUAUCCAGAUUUGAAGAUCAGCGAGCCUUCGGAGGUGCCUCUGUGGGUGAUUAUAGUGUCAGUUAUAGUGGGACUAAUAGUUCUAGUGUUGCUAAUCAUUGCACUGUGGAAGCUCGGGUUCUUCAAGAGAAGUAGACCGGACCCUACCCUGUCCGGUAACCUGGAGAAGAACAACCAUGAGUCCAGCCCGUUCAUCGGUAGGGACAGGAACAGUAUUCGAUAGCUAGAAGUUUUUUUAUUCGGCCAAAAAGUUGGCACAAGAGUUUAGUGUACAUAUGGGACAAUUUGAGCGCACUGCACAUGGCCAGUUCGUAGGAGAAAUAUUGAUGUUUAUCAAAGGAACAUAUCGCAUGAAUUUGCUUUGUACACUGCCAUCAUUGUGCGCGUAGUGUUUAUAUUACUUAAUAACAUUUGACUGUGAUGUCUUUAUAGAGAAAACGUUUAUUUAUUUCACUACAUUACUUUUCUCUAUGAUUUUCAGAUGAAUGAAUUUUUUAAUUCAGAAAUAAAAUUAUUAACCCAUUGUAGUGGAAUGAAUAAACCAAUAAGUAUGUGAUGCUUGAAACCACGGCGUGUUGUAUUUAUUGUUGAACAUGUCUGAUGAUGGUUAUUGUUUUAUUUGCAUUUCCUUAGUAUUUUAAUAUAGAGAAUAAAUUUUAUUACUUGUUUUAUAUAUUCGAUAAUUUUGUAAAUAAUUACUUGCCUUUAUUUAUAAUUUAGGAUAAGGUGACUAGAUUUUUUACUAGUCAGUAAUUGAAACCUAUGGUUUUUCGUUAAUAGUCACAAAUAUUAUAAACUACUUACCUAAUAUAGGUUUAGUUUCGGUACUUAAAUGUUUUUCUACUUAAGACCAAUUUGGUGACAACAUGUAAAUAAUAUCAGAAAUAAAGAAAAUUACACUAAGAAUGUCAUAAAAACACAGCACCAUAUUGUUCAUUUAAAUAUAUUUUUAUUAGAUAAAAA